GUUCCUGCGCUGCCGCUGCAAUCCUCGCUCCGCUACUUCUCCCCGGCGGAGCGGGUUCUGGUGUGCCUCAGCUCCGGUCAGUGCCAUGAUCCGGCAGGAGCUCUCCACAUCCUACCAGGAGCUGAAUGAGGAGUUGGAGCAGGUGGUUGAGAACUCGGAGCACACAGACGAGCAGGACAAGGAGAGAGCCAAAGUCCAGGGUUCGGGCAUCUUACCAGCCCUUGACGGUGGGUCGGCCUCCAGCAGCAUCCGCGUCAGCAAGGCCUGCCUGAAGAACGUCUUCUCCGUCCUGCUCAUCUUCAUCUACCUGCUGCUCAUGGCCGUGGCCGUCUUCCUGGUUUACCAGACCAUCACAGACUUCCGCGAGAAGCUCAAGCACCCGGUCAUGUCUGUGUCUUACAAGGAGGUGGACCUCUAUGAUGCCCCAGGUAUUGCCCUGUACCCUGGUCAGGCCCAGUUGCUCAGCUGCAAGCACCAUUACGAGGUCAUCCCCCCUCUGAGGAGCCCGGGCCAGCCGGGGGACGUGAAGUGCACCACCCAGAGGAUCAACUACACGGACCCUUUCUCCAACCAGACCCUGAAAUCCGCCCUGAUCGUGCGGGGGCCCCGGGAAGUGAAGAAGCGGGAGCUGGUCUUCCUCCAGUUCCGCCUGAACGAGAGCAGCGAGGACUUCAGCGCCAUCGACUACCUGCUCUUCUCGUCCUUCCAGGAGUUCCUGCACAGCCCAGACAGGGCGGGCUUCAUGCAGGCCUGCGAGAGCGCCUACUCCAGCUGGAAGUUCUCCGGAGGCUUCCGAACCUGGGUCAAGAUGUCCCUGGUGGAGACCAAAGAGGAAGAUGGGCGGGAAGCGGUGGAGUUCCGGCAGGAGACGAGUGUGGUUAACUACAUCGACCAAAGGCCGGCCGAGGAAAGAAGUGCCCAGUUGUUUUUCGUGGUCUUUGAAUGGAAAGAUCCUUUCAUCCAGAAAGUCCAAGAUAUAAUCACAGCCAAUCCUUGGAACACAAUCGCUCUUCUCUGUGGAGCCUUCUUGGCAUUAUUUAAAGCAGCCGAGUUUGCCAAACUGAGUGUGAAAUGGAUGAUCAAAAUUAAGAAGAGAUACCUUAAAAAAAGAGGCCAGGCAACGAACCAUAUAAGCUGAAGCCGCCUCGGUCAUGGAACUGCCCGCAUUAAGGGAAGUCGCCUUUGCUUCCACUUGGGCGGCCCGGGCUCCCUCCGGCCCUCCCGCUCUCCCGCAGACGGGGCCUGCCGGGAGGGACAGCCUGAUGAACACACCCGACGGAUAACCUACAAGUUAUUUAAGUACUUAAAUUAUUAAUGAACAUUUUGACUCUGGCAUGCAAAUAGGGUUUGGGGAAGAUGGAAUUAGACACACAUCCGGUCCCGUGAAGGUUGUCAAAGCCGACUUCGGUUUGGUGUACGGUUCACCUGUGACAGGAUAUUAAGGCUCCGCUGUUUACCUUGUUUUUUCCCCUGAGGUUUUGAAAGUGGAUGGGGGAGGGCGUGGCUCUCCAGAUGUGUAGGGCGUGCUUUGAAACCUGUGCACUUUCCACAGAGAGGCAAACACCUUUGUGUCGCUUUCUUAUUUGUUAGAUGUUAAAUGAGACUUUUAAAGCUACUGCGCACUAGUAAUUAGAUUUCCUGUGGACUGAUUAGCUACCUACCAUGAGUCUAGAGUGAUUCACACACAAAAGCACUAGUACAAAUGUACAAAGUAGGUGCCUAUUCAGUGUAUUUUGAUGAUUUUAUUAACAGGUAAAUAAAAGGUUAAUACAAAAGGAAUCAGUGUGCCAGGAUGAGUAUCUGCUGAUCAGUAGGCACCCAUGCACUUGCAUCCUGUGACCUCCAGAGCAAGGGUGGCACGAACCUGCUCUCCUGCCAGGACAGUCUGGACCCCCGAGGUUCAUCACAACUGUGUCCGAGGGAAGGGGAGGGUGGGCAGGAAGCUUGAUGGAUCAAGCCCAUGAAUAAGCUAUGUUAACUCGACAAAAACCACACAUCUCAAACGGCAGCCAUAGGCUGGAUUAAGGUCAUGAAAUGUUUCUAGUGUUUUAAGUUAUUUACGUGCCCUUUGCAUCUAGAGAGGACUUAGUAGCAUUUCCUGAAUUUCUUAACCUGCCUUUAGGUUAAUUGAAAGAGAAAAACUCAAAUGUAUAAGCAGGCAUUUUUAAAAAUCUCAUGUCUAAUUUAGCAGCAAGAAACUAUGCUUUUUACCUGUGUAAAGAAAUAGUCCCUGCUACUUUUCUGUGCCAUAAGAAUAGGCAAAUUCAAACUUCAGCCUAGGUCUUGUGGCCGUAGAGUCUUGGUGUAAGGCAAAUGCAAAGCCACAAGGCAUAAAGAUAUACAUUAACAGUAUUGGAAAACAGGUGUGUAUUUUUAAAGUAUCUCUAAAGAUGACGACACACCACUUCAAUAUUACUUAACAUUCAUUAAAUGUCUAAUAAAAUUUGCUCCAAUGAAUAGCCUAAAACUGUGUUUUUCUAUACUGUAGAGAGUUGAGACUUCUUAAUUGUGCUUUUUAAUAAGUAGAUAAUUAGGAAGUGAGCAUUUUUAGCUCAUCAAAGAAAAGAACCUAACAACUACCUACCAGCUGCAGCUUGGCCAAGUCCACUCUGGCUGCUCUUCAAAGACAUACCUGCCUAAAUGUCCACAAAGUAGACAUCCAGCCCUAACUGUCACUUUCUGCAGAGGCAGAAGCUUUGUCUCCUGCAGCGGGCUCCCCCUCUACCUGCGCACCACCAGCUGUCAGCACCGGCCGGCCCUGGUUAGCGUGGAGCAUCUGGCGGGAGCACCCUGACCUGGAUGGCCUGAGGUAAGGUGCGUGUGGAAGCACAGUGUAAAAUACGAGCCACGCAGUGAAAAGGAAGAGGUGCUCCUGG